CCACGAGGCUACCCCGCAGCUCCCACCUCCCCCGGGAUUUUCCAGCGGGUUAAUUUCCUGUGCCGGUAAAUCCUUUUGCGAGCGCCUGGCUGCUCCCUCCCCGCCGCUCCCUCCCGCAUCCUGCCGCCGUGACUCCCCCAGCCGGUCAGCGCCGCCGCGCUCCGUCGCCCCCGCGCGCCCGGGCGCACGCCCUCCCCGCCCGCCGCCCUCCGGCUCCCGGCGCCCUGCAGCCGGGGCCCUGCUGCGCGGCCACGCGCCAGGGCUCCCCAGAGAGUCGCGUCCGUGUCGCCGCGGCCGGCCCCGUCCCUGGGCCAUGCGCCCCCCCGCCGCCCCCCGCCGCCCCGCCGCGGCGCUCGGACUCUGCAGCCUCCUGCUGCUGCUCGGGCCCGGGCACGCGUGCCCCGCGGGCUGCGCCUGCACCGACCCGCACACGGUGGACUGCCGCGAUCGCGGGCUGCCCAGCGUGCCCGACCCCUUUCCCCUGGACGUGCGCAAGCUGCUGGUGGCCGGCAACCGCAUCCAGCAGAUCCCCGAGGACUUCUUCAUCUUCUACGGCGACCUGGUCUACCUGGACUUCAGGAACAACUCGCUGCGCUCGCUGGAGGAGGGCACGUUCAGCGGCUCCGCCAAGCUCGCGUUCCUGGACCUCAGCUACAACAACCUGACCCAGCUGGGCGCCGGCGCCUUCCGCUCGGCCGGGAGGCUGGUCAAGCUGAGCCUGGCCAACAACAACCUGGCCGGCGUGCACGAGGCCGCCUUCGAGACCCUGGAGUCGCUGCAGGUGCUGGAGCUCAACGACAACAACCUUCGCCGCCUCAACGUGGCGGUUCUGGACGCGCUGCCGGCGCUGCGCACCCUGCGCCUGGACGGGAACCCCUGGCUCUGCGACUGUGACUUUGCCCAUCUCUUUUCCUGGAUCCAGGAGAACGCGUCCAAGUUGCCCAAAGGUGAGCUGGGCAGGCUGGGCGGGCGGGAGCGGGAGCAGGAGGAGGCCACCGCAGCCGGGAUUCCUGCCCGCGGGGGGCUGAACCCGGAAGAGGAGUCUGGGGGCUCAUCAGCAAGGGGCGAGGGCGAGUGGGUCUGGAGAGAGGAACUUUCCCUGAUCUCUGCUGGGAAAGGGGAGAGGCACACACAGGAGGGGGCUGGAGCUUCUUGA